GUUAAAGAGGACGGCCAGGCUUUACGGUUUCUAUUUUGCAACAAGAAACAUAUCUGUAACUUAAUUUUGGAGAAAGUUUUUUUUAAUUCCCACAGCGUUACUCUCCCGCUAAGAGACGUUCACGGCCGCUGGCUGAAAUGAUAAACGUGGAGUCGCUGCCAGUGGCUGAGGAGGAGGUGGUUGAAUCCAGCUCCAACAAACUCGGUGACAUUUACACUUUUGUGUCUAAAGGCAGUUUUCCGCAGACGAUGAACCCUUUAAAAAAGAAGAACCUCAAAAGAUAUGCCCAGAAAUUUAUCAUAGACGAGGGAAAGCUGUUUUAUGUGGGACCCAAGAAAGACGAGAAGAGGGAGGUGGUGAUCGAGGCCGACAGGAAGAGGCAGAUCUUUCUCGACUGUCACUUCAACGACAUUGGCCACCACCUCGGCCAAAAGAAGACCGUCCACAGGAUCCAGAGCAAGUACUACUGGCUGGGGAUCAUCAAGGACGUGGUGGACUGGAUUAAAGUGUGCGAGACGUGCCAGCACACGGAGAGGAAUAAAACCCUGGCAAGAACUGUUCGGCCCAUUAAGGUGGAAGCUCCGUGGGAUAUCAUCGGGAUCGACUUUCUAGGACCUUUCCCAGAGACUCAACAAGGCAAUCAAAGUGUUACUCUCAUUAUUGAUUACUUCAGUAAAUGGCCAGAAGCUUUUCCAGUGCAAAGGGCAGAUGCCCUCUCGGUUGCAAGAUGCAUCUCUAAAUGCAUAUACAGGUUCGGUGCCCCUAAAACGAUGGUGUGCACGCAGAAUGCUGACUUCUGUGACGAGGUGACAAAGCUGCUGUGCGACAAGUGGAGCAUAACACAGAAGGUUUCUCCCCUGGACCAGCUGCAACUCAACCCACUCCACGACUGCACGGGCGCGCUGCUGAAGGAGGCCGUGGGGCAGAUGGUGGCGGAGAAGCGGGCUGAAUGGGACGACUUCCUGGACCCUGUGCUGUUCCUCUUCCGUACCUCUACCAACCCCACAACCAAGUUCACCCCUUACUCGCUCAUGUUCAACCGGAAAGCCGGUUUACCGAGUGAGAUUGUGCUGGACCAUCUACAUCAUCGCCACCCAGAGCAAGACACGUGCUCCACAAAGGAGAAGGCUUCUACAUAUAUGGCCCUAAUGCGGGAGCAACAAAACUGUGUGAAACAGCUGGUCAUAGCAAACAUGAACGCAGCCUACAAGCAAGAAAAGAAGAAGAAUGCAAAGCGCAGAACACAAAAUCCGGCUCCAGUUACUUUUAAAAUUGCAGAUCCUCUGUUUGCUGCAGGGGAUUCGCCUUCCCCCAAAAAAGCGAAGGAGAGUUUGUAUUUGUCUUUUCCUGUUGCGACGGUGCUGGCCACCGAGCAGAGCAGUUCGGAGGACGUAAAGACGGAGUUGGCGUAUGACUUUGCUGAGGACGACGGCUGAGGGAUGGAGACUGCAGCACCGGAGCAGAGUUCAUGCUGGUGGAAGCUGCCACAAGUCUUGGACAGAACAUCCAGAUGUUUGGGAAAAGGAGUGAGACGAUCAUAUCACCUGGUCAUCUGUUAAGGAUUCUUUCAAAAACUAGUCGCUGGGCAAAGAAACAACAGGGAAAAGUGGCCCGUUUGUGUCAUUGAGUUUCCUCCCAGAGCUGUUUUUUCUUUUGUAAAUCACAUUUAAGUUAUUGUUUUCACUUUUAGACACAAUACAUUUUAAGCUACAAUACUUAAAGUAAUGCUAUUGUGCCAUUUUGUUGCUAUAUGUAUUUAUUAAAUUAUGAGGAAAAGUUAUGUUGUUUU